GACUAGUGCACAUGUUGCCUCAACUUAGGAUACCCCAAGAAGGGGAUGACGACGCUACCCUCAACUCCGGAUCCUCCAUCUCCCCCCCAUCCCCAACGCCCAGCUCCAGCGGCAGGGAGAGGCGCACCCCCUCCCUCCCGCACGCUCUCGAAAAAGACUCCCAGCUCGAGAAGGGCUUACCUGAUGAGGAAGAUCCCAAGGAGAAGGAGGAGGAGAGCCCGGAACAGGCAGUGAGGGAUGCGGACGCCGAUUUCCCUGAGGGGGGAAGAGGCUGGUGGGUCGUCGCUGGGUGUUCGAUGAUCGCUGCUGUAACAUUCGGUUUCCAGCUCGUCUGGGGCGUAUUUCAGGAAUUUUAUCAGAACCAGAUGUUUCCCGAUGCUGAGCCCGCUAUUCUUGGGUUGUUGGGGUCUAUCGCUUGUGGGUUCAUGUUCCCUAUUUCUGUCGUUUGUGGAAAAUUCGGUGAUCGGUAG